AUGGAAGUGAAAUUAAUGGAGGUUUCCCUGCUCUCUAAAUUCUCUGUGCCCAGGAGGAGCACUUGCAAAGUGGGGUUAUUGGAAAAGUUCUUCAGGUUCCUCCUAUUGGGGCAUUGCUGUAAACCAACAACCACUGGCGGCGACUCUGAGUCGCUUGGCCCUCACGGCAUCUCUGCUGCCACACUCGGCGUUUGGGCUCUUGCCUACGACCUUUUCAAUUUCGAGAUCACCUCUCAAGUCCCAGAAGAUCUCAGUCAACAUGUUGUCCCAUCCAAGAAGGCUCAAGCUAACUGGCAUAGAAAACUAGUUGAGACAUGGAGAGAAGCAAAACAACCACCAAGAACAGAGGAAGAGGCAGCUAGGCUUGUCAUACAAACCCUCAAGGGACAAAAAAAGGCUGAUGUUCAGGGCUUAUUGGAUUUCUAUGGUCUCCCUCGUCCCCAUUCUCUUGUCAAAGUUCCUGCUGGGGUCCCAACUUCAUUGCCUCGAGGAGUAAAGUUUGAGUUCCAGACACUACCAGUUGAUGCAAAAGCUGUUCCAGAUGGCGAUGGAGUGACAGUUUAUGUCAGCACAGCAGGUCCCAGAGAAUCCUCCUGUGUUCCCAGCGAUGUGCAGAUAGCAGCCAUCCAAAGAUCAGAAGCACGCCCUGAUAAGAAUUAUACUAAGGCAGACGAACUUCACCAAAAAAUCAUUGAUGCUGGAUAUCGGGUACGGAAUGUUCAAAACGAGGAGAUCCUUGCUUGAAAGUAUCGAAUUCGACUGAGGGGCAUAGACGCACCGGAGAUUUUAAUGCCUUAUGGACAAGUAGCCAAAGAGGAGCUGGUUAAGCUUCUUGAGGGCAAGUGCUUGAGGGUCCUUGUCUAUGGGGAAGAACGUUAUGGCCGCUGUGUGGCUGACGUAUACUGCAAUGGCAUAUUUGCACAGGAAGUAAUGCUCAAGAAGGGUGGUGCAUGGCAUUACUCAGCCUACGAUCAGCGCUCUGAAUUUGCAAGAUGGGAAGAAGAGGCUCGACGGAGGCAAAUUGGGUUAUGGGCUUCAUCAAACCCUGAGAAGCCAUGGGAUUGGAGAAAGGAUAGGCGUCAAAGGCAGAUGACAUAUUGGUGACAAAAUUAAGUUCAGAAUGAAACAUUCAUUAUGAGAUUAUUUAUGCCUUUAAGUGCAAGGCAGUAGGUUUAUUUGUGGUGAAAAAUGAGGUUUUGUGUUGCUCUCCUUUUGCGCACUAAACCCAAAUACCUCGCCUACCCUCAUAAUCAAAUCCCACCAAUCAAGGGAUAAUCCAUACUUGCCAUGCCUUCAAGCCUGAAAAUAAAAGAAAGCUCCACUACUUGAAGGAAGCCUACAACAAAAAGUUCAUCACCUCCACGAACAAGAAGGAUCGGCUGCCACUCUCCCAUUUUCUCCCUCUCAUUCACUAAGGCUCUCAAGCCUCUCUCUCAAUGUAGAGUAUAUUAUGUAUAGAUCUCAAAUAUGAAAUGCAAAUACAAACAUAGUGGACGUAGCCCGAUUAUGGGUGAACCACUCUAAAAUCUGUGUUUUAUGUGUGUGAUUGUGGUUUGCCUCUGUAAUGAUGUUGAUCCAAAAUCCCCCAUCAACAGUCUAUAUUUGAAUUGUACAGUGGUUUGCACCUCUCUUCAUUUCUCUUUUCAACUGUUGCUGAAAGUUGGGCGCCGCCUAUUUGGAGAAGAUUGUUGGGUUUGUGCUCAAUCAACAAUGUAAGGGACAUUAAUGGAGGUUUCCCUUCUCUAAAUGCAUCAAACCAGAGUUCACACCAUGAUGUGCCAUGUGAGCUUGAAAUGGAAGUGUCUUUACAUGCAAUGAAUUUACUGUUUUAUUAAAAUAUACAGUAACAAGGUCCCCUGUUUUUUCUCUCCCCUGUU